CAAUUUCUAGGCGAGUUAAAAUUUGGUUGUCGAAAAAGGCUUUAAUUUAAAUAUUUUAAUACAAUGAGUGAAGCAAAGCAACUGGAUAAUGGAGAAGCAAGCGAUAAUGAGGUUAAUGUAACUAAAUCAUCAAAUAAGAAAAAUAAAAAAAAAAACAAAAAUAAGAAUAAGAAUGAGAAACUAACGACUACAAAAGGCAAUGAUAUAACAAAAUCUUUGGAAAAUUCAUCAUCGACAUCGAAUACUGCUUUAUCACCGAGUGCCGAAAAACUUCCCGAAGAAAUAAAUGAGAGCGUUAAGGGUUUGCUUGAGAAUUUAAGCUUAGACCAACGAUUUUUUCGUGAAAAUUUGACAAAAAAAUUUGCUUUCUGGUCUACCCAACCUGUACCUAAGUUAAAUGAAGAAGUGUCAACUAAUGAAUCUAUUGAGCCUGAUAAGGAGGUGUCUGAAAUUCGAUCAACACCUUACACGUUACCCAGCGGAUUUACGUGGGAUACAUUGGAUUUGAAUGAUUCAACCAUUCUUACGGAGCUAUACACAUUGUUGAAUGAAAAUUAUGUUGAAGAUGAUGAUUCUAUGUUUCGGUUUGAUUAUCAACCAGAAUUCUUAAAAUGGUGCUUGCAGCCACCCGGUUGGAAACAAGAUUGGCAUGUAGGUGUAAGGGUCGUGAAAUCUGGUCGUUUAGUUGGCUUUAUAUCAGCAAUUCCUAGUCGCUUGAGGUGUUAUGAAAAAGUCCUAAAAAUUGUCGAAAUAAAUUUUUUAUGCGUUCAUAAGAAAUUGCGGAGCAAACGUGUUGCUCCCGUCUUAAUUAGAGAAAUCACACGACGUGUGAAUUUAACUGGAAUAUUUCAGGCGGCAUAUACAGCUGGUGUUGUUUUACCUAAACCAAUAUCUACUUGUCGGUAUUGGCAUCGAUCUUUAAAUCCGAAAAAAUUAAUAGAUGUGAAAUUUUCUCAUCUGUCACGUAAUAUGACAAUGCAGCGUACAAUAAAAUUGUAUAAAUUACCAGAACAACCGAAGACAAGAGGUUUCCGAAAAAUCGAACAAAAAGACAUGAAAAAAGCCCAGAAAUUAUUAGAAGAUUAUUUAAAAAAAUUCAAAUUAACACCUGUUUUUUCGCCUGAGGAAUUUAAGCAUUGGUUCACACCACAAGAGGGUAUUAUAGAUUGCUUUGUUGUUGAGAAUGAAAAAGGUGAAAUAACUGAUAUGGUUAGUUACUACAGCUUACCAUCAACAGUAAUGCAUCAUCCUGUCCACAAACAAGUUAAAGCUGCAUACUCUUUUUAUAAUGUUUCGUCUGGAACACCUUGGUUAGAAUUAAUGAAUGAUGCUUUAAUUUCAGCUAAAAAUAUUCAAAUGGAUGUUUUUAAUGCACUUGAUUUAAUGGAAAAUAAAGAAUAUUUAAUGCAAUUAAAAUUUGGUACUGGUGAUGGAAAUUUACAAUAUUAUUUGUACAAUUGGAAAUGCCCUAGUAUGAAGCCUGAGGAUGUAGCUUUAAUACUUAUGUAGUUCGGAAAUUGAACUAAAAAUGCAAUACAAUACUUUGUAUUUUGCAUUUUAGUUACUUGCAGUAGAAAAUGAUUUAAAUAUGAAAAUUAAUUGGAUGUUACUCAAAUUGUAUUUUUACAAUUGAGCUUCACUAUGUGAUGUCUAAAAUAAAAUUAUAUCUGACACAAGCAUAGUAAGAUAUUUCGCACUAGGGGUACUAUUAGCUUCUUUAAAGUCAAAUUAAAAACAAAACAGCAUUACUGUAAAUUUUGAAAUAAAUGUAGAAGAACAUAAAUAAUAUUGAAUUUAAACCUAAAUAUAGAUUUAAACAAAACACAAAUAAAAUGAAAACAAUAACAAAAAUCAAACAUAAAAUUUUGCUUUUGCUUUUUAGGGAUUGUUUUUUAUUCCUAUGAUGUUUUACAUUGAAUAUAAACUUGUUUAGUUGUUUUAUCUACAUAUAUAGAAUAUUUUGAAGGUAAAAUAUUACAAAUAAAAUUUUUAUAUAUUA